AUGCAACAGCACAGAGCCAACACCGCGCACGGGCACACGUGUGCCGCCAAGCGCAGUGAUGUGGCGUGGAUGGUGCUGUUGCAGGUGCGGUGUCAGCUCCACGAAGGCGUCCUUGACGAAGCUGACGGGCCGCUCCACGACGGGCUUCACCUGCUACAUCAACGGCUGUCUUGUGUCCUUGUGUCUUGGAGCAGUCGGCUGCAACCCACGGUUGCGCUGAGCACCGCCGAGGCCGAGUGCAUGGCCAUCUCCGCUGCAGCGCAGGAUGUCGUCUUCCUGCGGCAGCUGCUCAUGGACCUCGGCGAGCCCGAGGCUGGAGCCACCAAGAUGCUGACAGAUAACCAGGCGGCCAUCGCCAUCGGCAACGACCACGUCACCAAGCCGCGCACGAAGCACAUCCGGGUACGCCACCACUUCGUGCGGGAGCUCAUCGCCGACGGAACCAUUGUGCUGCAGCACUGUCCCGGCACGCGGAUGGUUGCCGACGCGCUAACCAAGGCACUGGACAAGCAGACCUUCGAGCAGCACCUGCCACGACUAGUGGGAACAUCGACGGCUGAGACGGAGCAGAGGAAGGCAGUUGAGGGGGAGUGUUGAGAGUGAGUGAGUUUCUGUUUUGUGUUGAGUCCUUCCUAAUUUGCCUUCUCGUGUGGUUUUGUCUUGUUUGCCAACAACACCUGCUUUGUGGUUUUUCCGUUGGCAAACAUUCCUUUCUCUCUGCUGGCAUGUGUGCCAACUGCCUCUCCUCCCCUCCUCCUCAUCCUGCACACGUGAGUUGUGUGCCAUGUGUGUUAUGUGUGUGUGCAUGCUCGCCAUGCUUGGCAAAUGCCAUGUGUGCGUGCCAUGCAGUGUUGUGAAGUGUUGCCUGUUGUGUAUGCUUGCCUGCAAGCAUUCAU